GCGCGCGACCAACCCUCAGCGACACGUUUGCGCGUGCGCACACCAAGUACCGUUCAGUCUUUUCUCGAGGUUACCUUCAGUUGCGUCAGCUUCUCGUUUCAGGUUAGCAGCCGGUACGGAACGUCGUGCCACAGAGACAUGUCCACCGAAGGGUUCUCCGCCGGGAGGGCGAACCUUCCGGAGACCAUCAACUUCGCCAAGGAGGAGCAGGCGACGCUGGAGUCAUGGCAGCGGGGAGACGUGUUUCAGAAAAGCAUGCAGCUGUCGAGGGACCGGCCAAGGUACUCGUUCUACGACGGGCCGCCGUUCGCCACCGGGCUGCCGCACUACGGCCACAUCCUCGCCGGCACCAUAAAGGACAUCGUGACGAGGUACGCGUAUCAGAGCGGCUACCACGUGGAGCGUCGCUUCGGCUGGGACUGCCACGGUCUGCCGGUGGAGAACGAGAUAGACAAGAAGCUGGGCAUCAAGGGGCCGGACGACGUCGCCGAGAUGGGCAUCGCCGCGUACAAUCAGGAGUGCCGUAGCAUCGUCAUGAGGUACGCCCAGGAGUGGCAGACCAUCAUCGGCCGGAUGGGCCGGUGGAUCGACUUCGAAAACGACUACAAGACCAUGUACCCGUGGUACAUGGAGUCGAUCUGGUGGGUGUUCAAGCAGCUGUACAACAAGGGCCUCGUCUACGAGGGCAUCAAGGUGAUGCCCUACUCCACCGCCUGCAACACGCCGCUGUCAAACUUCGAGGCGGGUCAGAAUUACAAGGACGUGGUCGACCCGUCGGUCAUCGUGGCCUUCCCGCUGCUGGACGAGCCGGGGGUGUCCCUGCUGGCCUGGACCACCACGCCCUGGACGUUGCCCAGCAAUCUGGCGCUGUGCGUCAAUCCCACCUUCGAGUACGUGCAGGUGAGGAACGAGAACAGCGGGGACGUUUACAUCAUGCUGGAGGCGCAGCUGCACACCCUCAAGGGUUCCUACGUCAUAGUCGGCAAGAGAAGGGGCGUGGAUCUCAAGGGGAAGGCGUACGAUCCGCCGUUUCCCUACUUCCUGCGUUACAGGGAGAGAGGUGCUUUCAGAGUACUCAACGACACUUACGUCACGGCGGAGACCGGAACCGGCGUCGUCCACCAAGCGCCGUACUUCGGGGAGGAUGACUUCCGGUGCUGCCUGGCGGCCGGCAUCAUAAGCAAGGAUCAGGAGAGCGUGUGCCCGGUAGACAGUUGCGGCUGCUUCACGGAGCCGGUCCGCGACUUCCUCGGCAAGUACGUCAAGGACGCGGACCGGGAGAUCGUCAAGUAUCUGCAGGCGAAGAAGAGGCUGGUCGUCAGCGGCACGGUGAAGCACAGCUAUCCGUUCUGCUGGCGGACCGACACGCCGCUCAUCUACAAGGCCGUGCCCUCCUGGUUCGUCAAGGUGGAGGAGAUCAAGAGCAGGCUGCUGACGGCGAACAGCGAGACCUACUGGGUGCCGGACUUCGUCAAGGAGAAGCGAUUCGGCAACUGGCUGCGCGACGCGCGCGAUUGGGCAAUCAGCAGGAAUCGCUACUGGGGCAACCCCAUACCGCUGUGGGUCUCCGAGGACCGGGAGGAGAUCGUGUGCGUAGGCAGCAUCGAGGAGCUAGAGAGGCUAACGGGCGCGCGGCUGAGCGACAUUCACCGCGAGCACCUCGACCACCUGACGAUACCGUCGCGACGGCCGGGCAAGCCGCCGUUGCGCCGCGUGCCCGAGGUCUUCGACUGCUGGUUCGAGUCCGGCUCCAUGCCGUACGCGCAGAUGCACUAUCCGUUCAGGAACCGCGGCAGCUUCGACCAGUACUUCCCGGCGGACUUCAUCGGCGAGGGCAUCGACCAGACGCGCGGCUGGUUCUACACGCUCCUGGUGAUAUCCACCGCGCUGUUCGGCAGGGCGCCGUACAAGAACCUCGUGGCCAACGGUCUGAUACUCGCGGCCGACGGCCAGAAGAUGUCCAAGCGCAAGAAAAAUUAUCCGGAUCCCAUGGAGGUGGUCAACAAGUACGGGGCGGACGCCCUGCGCCUCUACCUCAUCAAUUCGCCGGUCGUGAGGGCCGAGAACCUCAGGUUCAAGGAGGAGGGCGUGCGGGACGUCAUCAAGGAUGUCUUCCUGCCGUGGUACAACGCCUUCCGCUUCCUCGUUCAGAACAUCGAGCGAUACGAGGAGGCGGGGGUCGCGUUCGCGUUCGACGAGAGGCUGGACUCGUGUUCCGGCAACAUAAUGGACAAGUGGAUCACGUCCUUCACGCAGUCGUUGCUGGUCUUCCUCAAGAAAGAAAUGACGCAUUACAGGCUGUACACCGUGGUGCCCUACCUGGUGAAGUACAUAGACAAUCUCACCAACUGGUACGUGAGAAUGAAUAGGAAGCGCAUCAAGGCCGAGGACGACCCGCAGGACUGCAAGAACGCGCUGACCACUCUGUUCCUGGCGAUUUACACGAUGGUGCAGACUUACGCGCCGUUCACGCCCUUCUUGACGGAAUUCAUGUUUCAGCGAUUGUCCAAGUGGGUUCUGCCCGCGGGCGGGGAGUCUUCUCCCGGCGCUGGGGACGAGGACUGGCAAGAUAGCGUGCACUACAAGCUGAUACCGCAGGCGCACGACUAUCUCAUCGACAAGGACAUUGAGAAGGCCGUGUCACACAUGCAGUCGGUCAUCCAACUGGGUCGCACCGCACGGGACAGGAAGGUCAUACCCACCAAGUAUCCCCUGCCGGAAAUCGUGGUGAUCCAUCGAGAUGCCGAGGUGCUGCGGGACGUCGUCUCGCUCGAGUCGUAUAUUCUGGAGGAGCUCAACGUCAAGAAGUUAACAGUCACCACCGACAAGGAGAAGUAUGGUGUGACCUUGAGGGCAGAGCCGGACCACAAGACGCUCGGCGCUCGUCUGAAGGGCGAGUUUAAGCAGAUUAUCCAUGCCAUUACAAAGCUGUCCGACGAGCAGCUGCAGAAGUUCGUCGUCACGAGGGAGAUCGUCGUGCAGGGCCACAAGCUCGAGGAGCAGGACCUACGUCUGAUGUUCAGCUUCACCGGCUCGGCCGCCGAGCAGUUGUCGCAGCGGUACGAGGCUCACAGCGAGGGAAACAUUCUGAUCCUUCUAGACGUCACGGCCGACGAAGCGAUGCAUAACGAGGGGAUAGCGCGGGAGGUGAUCAAUCGAGUGCAGAAGCUGCGCAAGAAGGCACGGCUCGUGCCCUCCGACGAGGCCGUCGCGUAUUACGAGAUCGAGGACGCGAGCAGCAACCUGGCCCGGGUGGUCGUCAGCCACAAGGAGUUCAUCGAGAACGCGACCAAGACUACGCAGAGAGACAUGACGGAGUUGCCGCCCAACGCCGCAGUCAUCAUCGAGGAGAUGCAGAAGAUCAAGGGCGUGGACAUGAGGCUCGCGUUGGUCGAAUCGCAACCCUCCGCGGGCUACGUAAACGUGACGCUGGUGAAUAUGCAACCGCGAUUCGGCACGUCCUCGAACAGCAAGAUCCUGUUGUAUGACCCGCAGCUCGGGCCCAUCACGUACAAACGCCUGAAACAGGAGAUCGAUUUGGUAUUCGGUAUUUACGGCUGCUCGUACGACUUGUAUCUCAAUUCUGAGAAACUUACCAGGACGUUGGACGACAAGCCAGUGGAGAAGAGUAUGUUUAACAAACAGACGCUAAAAGUAUCAGGUCGACAUACCUCUGUGCUAUGUAAUUAAAAAUGACUUUCGUCGAUUUGCGAGUUUAUCAAGUUGUUAAAAGGGAAUAGAACUAAAUCUCGUAAACCUAGAUUAUUGAAUCUUGUAAUGUUCCUCUUCAACUUUCUGAAAACAUUUGAUAUGUUAUUGCAUUUGUAAUAUCAAGCGGAAGAUGUACAGCGAGUUAUAUUUUAUCUUCCAUAGAAUAUUUACUGUGAGAGAAGUCGGAAAGCGAUAUUUAUGAUUUAAUUUAACAUUUCACAGUAUUUAUUUAAUGUCACUUGACGUUUACGUGAUUUAAAGUAUAUUUUUCACGAAGGUUUGUACACAUUGGCUAUUUUUUAAAUUAAAGAAUAAAACAUUGUACAAUUGUA